UUGAGCACAGAGCAGCACUCAGUAGUGUGAGCAGCGGGCAGUACCGCAGGAGCGCUGAGGCCGCUGUGUUAUGUCCUCGGGCUGGAACAACAGCGAGAUCAGUGGUCCUUGAGCUGGACGGCGACGAGAUGAACGGCCACGGCGAGCAACGCGAAACCGGCCGAGCGUCGAGCGUCGCCACGAGGAUGCCCCAGCAGCAGCAGCAGCCGCCUCGGCUCCAAGUGGCCCCGGGCCUCGAGGCCAUACACAACGCCUGCAAGGAGCUAUAUCCCGACCAGAGCAACCCGCUCACUGUCACGGCCAUCGUGAAGUAUUGGUUGGGCGGCCCGGACCCGCUGGACUAUAUCAGCAUGUACGAGAACCCCGGCUGCCCGGAGCUCGGAGUGCCGUCGCACUGGCACUACGUCAGCCUGGGCCUGUCGGACCUGCACGGCGACGAGCGGCUGCACCCGUUCGGCGGCCCCGGCCAGCCCUCGGGCUUCGGCUUUGAGCUGACCUUCCGGCUGGUGCGCGGCGCCGGGGAGAGCAGCCCACCCACCUGGCCGGCCCACCUCAUGCAGCAGCUGGCCAAGUACGUGUUCAGCUCGGGUAACCUGCUGGUGGCCGGCGACCACGUGUCCUGGCACGCGCCCCUCGACGGCGGCGCCGCCGGCGGACCGGGCCGCCUCACGCAGAUCCUCGUGAGCAGCGACGCCCAGCUGCCCAGUAGCCUGCUCACGCCUCACGGAGACGUGCAGUUCGUGCAGAUCGUGGGCGUGACCUCGGACGAGCUGCGCGCGGCCCAACACUGGAACGGCCUGGGCCUCGUGGAGUUGCUGAAGCGCAGUCGCGCCUGCGGGCCCUGGCUGCUCACCGACAUGCGCCGCUCGCGCUCCAUCAUGGACGAGGACCCCUCGGUGGCGCUCAGCGUGCAGGAGGGCAUCGAGCGCGAGGGCUCCAACCUCAGCGGCGUGUCCGCCAAGUGCUGCUGGCUGCCGGCCGAGGCCGGGCCCGGGGGGCUCGGCACCGCGGGCGCCAGCUACCGUGAGAGUCGCGACGAUUCGGACGAGGAGCCCGAGCCCGGCGUCAAGUCCGAGCGGCUAUCGCCGUCCUGCGAGCGCGCCGCCGCCGAUGAGGCCGACCUGAGGGUGCUGCGCGGCCUGCAGCUCACCUUCAACCUGGAGGCUGGCAGCCUGCUGCCCCUCGCCAUCAAGGGCAGAGUCAUGCACGGCAGGCAUUUCACCUUCAAGUCGGUGCUAUCGCACGCGGCCAUCACCUUCGUGGCGCCCACCGUGACCAACACCAUCGUCACCAAGGACAGGCCCUACGUCGUGCAGGGCCCCUGGCUCCAGGCGCUCGUGCCCGACGAGCUGGCGGCGAAGAUGGCCCCGGAAUUGCAGGUUCUCGGCAGUCCCCAGCGGCUUCAAUUGCCAAAAACGUUCUCCUGGCCGGAGCACAACCUCACCAUUACCAUUGUCGACGAUUAGUUCCAUUUCAACCGAACGCGACGGAUUUUCGUUUGCCAAUCUACCAGCAAUUGUGGUUCGAGUAGUGCCUUCUCUGCUAUCUUACGCCGAAUCGAAUGGCUCAUACUCGUUGGCGUACCGUCUGUUGCGGCAAAAGACUGCGUUUUCAAAUGACAUAUUAUUAUUGACGUGUGAGUUUGUUUUAUUUUUACUAUGUUGUGCAACCAGUCGAUGGAUUUGCAGUACUCUCUUUCUCUCUUUCAUUUCGCGAACGAGUCGAAUAGUUUUAUUAAUACUCAUCAAUCAAAGUAUUACCUAUAGAGGCUUUAAUAGACAUUCAAUUGGCCAGCCUGAAAUGUAUUAUACAUAUUUAGAGUAUACAAUCGUACUAGAUCAAUUAACUUGAAAGACUUAUUUAUACAAAAUAAUAUUUUAUAGUACGAGUUUAGCCAACAAAAAGUGUGCAUUUUCAUAAAGUCUGUAUUUUAAUUUUGUACAUAAGA